CUUUCUAUCUCCUGCCUCCCUUGUUGAAAGGCAUAGAAACGAUGAAGCAGCAGCAGCAGCAAAGAAGAAGAAACAACUGAAAAAAAAGAGAGAUAAAAUGACUCACCUUCUACUCCUCAACCAGCUCCCCUAUUUCCAUUUACCAUCAUCAUCAUCACAGUUGUUUCCAAUGGGAAAUUCAACUGUUGGAGUAUGCACCCACAGGAACACCUUCCAUGUACCUCACCCACACAGAAUCGCAACCAUAAAAUGUAUGGCAAAUCCAAGGAGAGUAGCAAUGGUGGCUAAACAGAUAAGGAGGGAGCUUUCAGAUAUGUUACUGACCGACAAAAAUUUGCAGUACGCUGUCCUGCCCGAAGCUGCCCUUGGUGCUGACCGUUAUCUUUCUUCUGUCACUACCAUUAGUGACGUGGAAGUCUCCACUGAUUUGCAGGUGGUUAAAGUUUAUGUAUCGAUUUUUGGCGAUGAUAGAGGACGAGAAGUUGCCCUUUCUGGCCUAAAAUCCAAGGCCAAAUACGUGCGAGGUCAACUUGGAAGACGCAUGAAGUUGAGGCUAACUCCUGAAGUCCGGUUUCUAGAAGAUGAAUCUUUAGAACGAGGAAGUAGGGUUAUUGCAAUAUUGGAUAAGUUAAAGAGUGAGAAUGAGCAAAAGGACGCCAAAAGUCCUGAAGAAGAGGAAGAAUCAACCGACCUGCCUUCUGAUGAUGAUAACUGGGAGGAGGAUGACAAUGAUGAAGGCAUUAUCUACGUCAGAUAGAAGUUUGUUGAGAUGUGGUGAUGUUUCAACUUUACUCCAUUGCCACCUCAGGAAUGCAGGGUCACAGCGAAAUAGCUCCUGCAACAGGUGGAUUUCCAUUUAUGUCUCGUUUUGCACAAAUUCGUGUUUGCACCAGUCAGUGAAGUUAACCAGAAGUUUGGCUUAAAGCAUUAGUCUCUCAAUAUGUAAUUCCCCAGAAGAGUUGCUGGCGUGAUUUUCUAACAUCUCGCAAUUGAAAUGCCCCUGUAAAUAAAUAGAGCAGCUGAUGAUGAGUCUGUUGAACAUAUAUGUAUGAAUUAGUUUGUUUUGUUAAGAUAUAAAUUUUUGUUCUGUUUUGUGAA